GACACUGAAAAUGAGAAAGACAACAUUUUCUACUGCAUUUUUUUCAGGGUUUUAUGGCCUUUUUUAUGUUUUAGCGUACAGGUCAAGGGAUUUUUCAGGCAUCACGACACACAUUUUUAAUGUUGGCCAUUUUUUCAUACAUCUAAAUGUGCCCUGCUUUUUCCUAAGCAAAAAUAUUGAAUAUCAUACAUUUUAACCAACAUUUACAGAACAUUCCUUCUGUUAUUCUGUGUAACAAUAGUUUUGUCCAAAACAGGCAUAUUUAUGACAAAAUCUAUUUAAAAACAUGUUUAGAAAGAUUAUAAUGCAGCUAAUUUACAUCUUUAGACUUUGCUACUAUACUACAAGUAGGUUUUACCUAUUUGCCAGCCCAAACUUGAAAACAUUAAAGAUUGUAAAAAUAUUAUCAUCACUUAUGUAAGUACAGCUAUAAAUAAAUUUAAUAUUUACAUAAAUGUAUUGUUUCAGGAAAUAGAACAUUGACAGAACCUUAUUUCACCCAUAUUUCCACAUUUUUUUCCACAAAAUCUAUAGCAUUAGAAAUCUACUGCAUUUAAUGUGCUGUCAGCUCAUGGAAAAUCCAUUAUUGUCAAUUGAAUUUGACGAAUUGACACCAUAACAUUGCACACUAGUGCAUUUACACACUCAGGUUUUUUAAAAAGCAAAAGGUUGUGCAUGUCUCCGCUCCAUUUGACCUCUUCUGCAACCUCCUUCCAUAUCUGUUAAUCGCAUAUCAAUAACACACUUGGGUUCUACCAAUAUCUUCACUCCUUACAAUAAAAGCAUCCAAAAAAUCCAUGAAUGCAAAAUGUCAGUAGAACUCAAAUCUGACAAGGUCAUGCCAGCAUGACUUCCACCAACUAUCCAGUUACCAAAAGCACCGAAGCUUGAUUUCUUUUUCAAGGGUAAAUGAGGACAAAUCAGGGGAGUGGUCGCAUCCCAGUGGACCAGAACAAUACCACAUUGAUCAGAACGCAUUGAUUUCCUGCUGUUUCAUUUCGAUCACUGCAGGAAUGUAUAGCGGGAGUAACAUGCACACACUCCCUCUCAGCCAGGAUAGAAGUUAGUGCACGCAGCGCUAAAGCCACCCAAUCAGCUGCUUGUUACGGGACGCUGAGAUCUCCACAAAAAGCCACGCGUGAUUCCUAUAAAUCACAGACGGAGCCAUCUGAGACGUUUUUGGAGUCAGCUGACCUCUGGGUGGCUGUUGCAGCUGUGUCAGCACAUAUGCAAAUGCGCCUGUGUACUGGGGAAUUUGGCAGUGGAGAGGUACUGCGGCAGCUCAGGGCUCAGCAGGCAUGGAGCCUCUCAGCCCGCAGGUGCUGGUGGUUGUAGCAGGAAGUUUCCUGAGCUUCCAGUGGCUCUUCCACAGAGUAAGCCCUUGGGUGUUUCAGCACCUCUGCGGAGGCUUUCUCAGGCUCAGCCCUACACAAAAGACAGAGUGGAACUCCAGGGCCGUCUCUACAGUGCACGCCUUGGUUGUGGGACUUUUCUGCCUUUACAUAUACAUCUUUGACGAAUCUAUCCAAAAAGAUCCUGUCUGGGGAGACGCCACACUGGUGAAACUAAAUGUGGCCGUUACCUCAGGCUAUCUCAUGUCAGAUCUCCUGCUCAUGUUCACUUCAUGGGAGUCAAUUGGAGAGAAAUACUUUGUCAUUCAUCAUUUCGCUGCCCUCUAUGCUUACUAUUAUGUGCUGAGUCAAGGGAUUUUGCCUUACUUUGCAAAUUUUCGGCUGCUAUCAGAAUUUUCCACCCCUUUUGUGAACCAGCGUUGGUUUUUUCACAUGUUGGGCUACCACAAACUUUCCAAACCGAGUCUGCUUAAUGGUGUCGCAAUGGCGUUCACCUUCUUCUUGGUGAGGAUCGCUGUCAUUCCAGGCUACUACAGCCAUAUGUACUCGGUUUUCGGCACAGAUGACUUCUACCGGUUACCUAUUGGUGCCCGCUGUGCCUGGGUCAUUUCCAGCGUGUCCUUGGAUGUCAUGAACAUUAUGUGGAUGCGCAGAAUCAUCCGUGGAUGUCUGAAAGUCCUUCGCUCUGCCUGGACACGACCAGCAGGAACUGACAUGGAAACCAGAAAGAAAGACUGACAUGGAGUAAAAGACAGAAACAACACAUCAGCACACAAACCGUCCAUCUUGUCCAUCAUGAUGCUGGAGUGCAAUUGUCAUAUGCGUUACUCCAGCUGCUGUACUUUUGAGUUUUUAAACCGACCAAUCAACUGCGUGGAAAGUCAUUGAGUUAAUAAUGACUUAUAUGAUGUCAUCUUCAAAUCAGUCAGUCACAGUUUUUAAGAAAUCAGGUGAUUAGGAGGCAUGAGACUGAUCACAAUGUACAAUCAGGACAUGAGUUGUGGUUGCACUAUUUAUUAUUAAGCUGCUAUUAAGAUCAACCAACUUGCCUUUAUGAAUGCAAUCAACAAAGCAACAGCACAUCUUAAAGUUCACAAAGAUGCACAGCGUGUGCCUGUAGACCAUGAUAGAUGAUUUUUGACUACAAUAAGGAUAGGGUUAUGCAAACUGAGAAGUGUAAUGGCACAGCAGAAAUGUGGUUUAAGCAUAUAUAGGUGAAAGAUCCUGUAGGACAGGAUAUUGUACUCAAGAAACUAUGCAUGUCUACAAUUACUGUAUAUACGGAGAAGACUAUAGUAUAAUUAGGGAGUAUUAUGUCUGGAAUACAAACAUAUCAGAUGACACAGAGUUAUAUGUGUUUCUGAAAAUCUAUAACUUAAUGGCAGAGCCGUGUGUAAGCUUUUGCUUGUAUAGUACUUGCUAUGUGUGGUUUGAUGGUUGGUUUUGGAAUAAUGACAAUAAUUACAGUAUUUAAGCUUCAGUGGGGUAAGGCAUUUCAGGUUAUUUAUCAUUAUAUACUUCACUGUUAUGGAAUUAAGCAAUGAUAUGAAUGUUGACAAAGGUGUAUAUGAGCUAUUGAAUGAAUUUCUACAAAUACUGUGAUGUUGAAACUGCUCAUGUUAAUGGAGUCGUCGUGUGUUUCUGUGGUGUGGCAAUGUUUUAAUCUACAAUAAAACAAUUUUAAUUAAAGUUGGUGUUU